AUCAAACAUAUAUGAUAAAGUGCCUCGUCAUUUGAGGAACACUAACUUUAGUUCUUUAAAUCAAUUGACAUCUGAGUGAACACUGGCCAUCAGGGGAUGUUUAUUAUAGAAAAAAGAGAAAAUCAUGGAAAUUUAAUUGUUACACUCGAUCACUUCUUACUGUGCUGAGUUUCAAUUGCAGAUUCUGAGAAUAAAUGCCUUGAAAAAUGCAUAAUUUUACUGAAACUGAAUAAAACCAGAACUUAAUACAGAUUCUGUAAUGACUCUAAUAUUAAGAUUAGCAGUAUAAUUUUUGGAUUAUAAAAUGCAAAUAUGAAGACACGAGACCAAUAGCAUAUUGGCUUAGCUUUUAAAGAAAAUGCCAGAACAUCACAGGCCAGCACUGUCAUCAGAAUUACCAUAGAAACCAUGUGGACUGGUUAUUGAUUUUCACUCUGGUGCAUGGGUAUUGAUUAUGAAAAUAACUGGAGACACAGUCUGCCAAACAACUGUGGCUCAGUGCUACUAUAACUUGGCCACAUGACUGGUUCUCUGAAUUGACCUUGUAGGGAAAUCUUAUUGCUUUCUUGUUGUUUUCCAUAAAAGGAGAUUUUUUUGGUAUUCGGAAUAUUUGGACAAAAACAAAGAAGAAAGCGGGGAAAGGGUGCGAUAGGCUGGAUGUUUGUGACUAGUGCACGAGAGCACAGUUAAGGAUAGGCUUUGACAGAAUGGCUCGUAGGACGGACGGAAACACGAAUUUCCUGCGAGCGACUCGGGAUGGAAACCUGGAAGAGGUUUUGGACUACCUUAAUGGCAGCACUGACAUCAACACCAGCAACCCGAAUGGCUUGAAUGCCUUGCACCUGGCUGCGAAGGAAGGCCACAUUAACAUUGUCACAGAGCUGCUGAAGAGAGGGGCCAACAUAGAGGCUGCCACCAAGAAAGGGAACACAGCUCUUCACAUUGCCUCCCUAGCCGGCCAUGAGGAGAUUGUCAAGAUGCUGGUUGAACAUCAGGCCAAGGUCAACGUACAAGCUCAGACUGGUUUCACACCACUGUACAUGGCUGCCCAGGAAGGUCACGCUGAGGUGGUGAAGUUUCUACUGUCCAGUGGAGCCAGUCAGAGUCUCUCCACCGUGGGGAAUAACAAUGAGAUAUCUGGUGAAAGGCGCAGUUAUACAGCCCCGGAGGAUGGAUUCACUCCCCUGGCAGUAGCUCUUCAACAGGGCCACGAGCGUGUAGUUGCCGUGUUGCUCGAACAUGAUACAAAAGGCAAGGUCCGUCUGCCCGCACUUCACAUUGCCGCGAAAAAAGACGACACAAAGUCGGCGGCACUUCUGCUCCAGAACGAACAGAACAAUGUCGAUCUUCAAACCAAGGGUGGUGGCCUAGUCAAUGACACUACAAAGAGCGGUUUCACCCCCUUACAUAUUGCCUCUCACUAUGGAAAUGUCAAUGUCGGCACGCUGCUUAUACAGAGGGGUGCGGAUGUCAACUUCAAGGCCAAGAACAACAUCACCCCUCUGCACGUUGCGGCUCGCUGGGGAAAGAACAGCAUGAUCACUCUGUUGCUUGACAACAAGGCCACCAUUGACGAGAAAACUAGGGAUGGACUGACCCCCCUACAUUGUGCGGCCAGAAGUGGACACGAGAAUGUGGUGGACACCCUUCUCAUCCGUGGAGCGCCGUACCAGGCCAAGACCAAGAAUGGCUUGACGCCUCUCCAUAUGGCUGCACAAGGGGACCAUGUUGACUGUGCCCGCUUACUUCUGUACCACAAAGCCUCAGUUGACGAUGUAACCAUGGACUACCUGACACCGCUGCACGUCGCUGCUCACUGCGGGAACGUCAACACGGCUAAACUGCUCCUAGACAGGAAGUGUGACCCCAACAGUCGUGCUCUGAACGGUUUCACUCCGCUGCAUAUUGCCUGUAAGAAGAACAGGAUCAAGGUCGUAGAGCUGCUCCUCAAAUAUGGCGCUUCCAUCGAGGCCACCACUGAGUCUGGCCUGUCGCCACUGCACGUCGCUUCGUUCAUGGGCCACAUGAACAUCGUGAUCUACCUGAUCCAACAUGAUGCCAAGCCCGAUCACCCGACCGUGCGCGGAGAGACUGCCCUCCAUCUUGCAGCCCGCGCCCAGCAGACAGAUAUUAUCCGCAUCCUGCUGAGAAAUGGGGCAACUGUUGAUGCAACUGCUAGGGAGCAUCAGACCCCACUGCACAUCGCAGCUCGUCUCGGUAACGUUGACAACGUUGUGCUGCUGCUACAACAUGGAGCCAAGCCCGACGCGGUCACGAAGGACCUCUACACGCCGCUGCACAUUGCCGCCAAGGAAGGGCAUGAGGAGGUGGCCAGUGUGUUGCUCGAACAUGAUGCUAAUCUUAAUCUUACUACCAAGAAAGGGUUCACUCCCCUCCAUAUUGCCGCGAAAUACGGACAGCUGAAAGUGGCGAAACUUCUGCUACAAAAGGGUGCAAAUCCUGAUGUCCAGGGCAAGAACGGACUAACUCCCCUGCAUGUCGCUACGCACUACAACCACGUGAAUGUUGCUCUUCUGUUGCUAAGCAACAAGGCUUCUCCACACUCGACCGCUAAGAAUGGCUACACGCCUCUGCACAUUGCAGCCAAGAAAAACCAGAUGGACAUUGCCACCACCCUGCUGGAGUAUGGCGGAAAACCCGAUGCCGAGUCCAAGCAUGGAUUCACUCCCCUCCAUCUGGCGUCCCAGGAGGGCCAUACCGAUAUGGUUUCCCUGCUGCUGGAGCACAAGGCCAACGUCGACUGCAAGUCCAAUCGUGAUUUACUUGCUGAAUAUGUCCACCUCCAGUCACAUAAUGGACUUACACCCAUGCAUCUGUCUGCCCAGGAAGACAAGGUCCCAGUUGCAGAGCAGCUUGUCAAGUAUGGCUCCCAGAUCGACCCUCAGACAAAGGCUGGGUACACUCCCCUGCACACGGCAUGUCACUUUGGACAAGCCAACAUGGUCCGAUUCCUGCUGGAGCACAAGGCUUCUGUCAGCGCAACCACUAAGCUUGGCUACACGCCUCUGCAUCAGGCCGCACAGCAAGGUCAAGUGAUCGUUGUUAACCUGCUUCUCAAGCACAAGGCGUCCCCGAAUGCCGUCACCAACAAUGGCCAAACCCCGCUGUCCAUUGCACAACGUCUUGGAUACAUAUCCGUUGUUGACACACUCAAAGACAUCACGGAAGUAACGGAGACUGUGCCAACAUCUGACGACAAGUACAAGGUCGUCUCCCCGGAAACCAUGCAGGAGGCGUUCCUUUCAGACUCAGAAGACGAAGGAGAUUAUAACAAAUGGUUAACAAGUGGAGAUGAUUAUUUGCCUCAGUCUCCGUUAUUCGGCAAACCUCUCGCGGAACAACACGUGUAUUUACCAUACUAUGAGGGCAGUAAGAAUCGAGAUGACAAUUUGUCAGAUAGGGCCGGGAGUGUGUCCCCGCUAAACACGUCCUACGAUAAGGAUGUUGUCUUACGGCCCCAUGAGAGUGAAGAUUCUGGACGACGGUUCAAGGGUGACAUGAGUACAGCCCUGAGCACAGCCCUUCAUUACCCAUCGUACUUGGAACGGGGUCCCGAUUACGAGGCUGAGAUGAGAUACUUUUCUGGAGAUACGUUGUCUCCGAGGGAUAAGGAAAAAAGGCCGGGCGAUAAUUCGACCCUUGGGUCUGGGGAUUAUUCAACGUUAGAUAGAAGUAGUGGCGAUGGCAGCCGAAAAAUAAUUCGCUCUGUUGAUGCAAGCCAAAAUUCCCUUGAUGCAGAUGACUAUAUAAAUGAGGAUAGCAUGAAAAAGAACUCGCUUCUAUUUGGGGAAGACUUUUACGCACGAAAAUCUGUACGCUACCAGCUUGAGGCCAGCAAGCCGAGAGAAAUUAUCGACAGUCGGGGAAUAGGUAUUCCGUCUAAGUCAAAGUCAUACUCUUCUGAAUUGGUUGAGGGUCACGACCUCAGUGAAAAGUUUGAGUAUCUUCCGGACGAUUCGGUGGAUGCGACAGUUGGGCAACAGGACUACAUGGAGGCCCAGAUGGUCGGAAGUUACGAGGCCCCAAUAUUGGCCGCCCAUGUGUCUGACCGCUACAUGUCUGCCCCGGGGAAAAGUGAGGGAGCUAGGUACUCUUCAUACAGCGGGUCGUCAUUCAAUACACACUUCGACCCAGAUAACGUCGCCAUCGAUAAGACUCCAACUUAUACUGGCAAACUAAAAUGGAAGAGCUUCCUCGUGAGUUUUAUGGUGGAUGCACGCGGUGGAGCCAUGCGCGGAACGCGUCACAGCGGCAUCCGUUUCGUCAUCCCGUCUGGACGCAUAGCAAUGCCGACGAGGAUCCUAUGCCGUUUGAUUAAGAAGGAAAAGUUGCUGCAUCUGCCGGUUUUGAACGAGGGCGAGGCAUUCGCAAAUCGAAUCAUUGAGAUGGGGCCACAGGGCACUAAAUUCCUUGGACCAAUCCUGAUCGAAAUACCCCACUUUGCCUCUCUUCGGGACAAGGAACGUGAGAUCCAGGUGAUGCGUAGCGAUGACGGGGAGAACUGGACUGAACAUCCAUUGGUUGCUGACGACGAUGCAGUUGCCAAGGCGAUGGAUGGAGUAUUUGAGGGUGGGAAAGCUAGUGCUAGCAUGAAAUUUGAGGGUGAGGACGAACUAGCUGCCAAGAGGAUUACCCGCAUCCUGACUGCCGACUUACCGCAAUAUUUCGCCAUCGUAUCCCGUGUCAGGAUCGAGAACCAACUCAUCGGGGACGAAGGGGGCGUAAUCAGCUCCAAGGUCAUACCGCAGGUUCAGGCCGUGUUCCCGAAAGGAGCACUCAACAAGAAGAUCAGAGUUGGACUUCAGGCUCAGCCAGUCAACCCAGAGACCAUUUCCAAGCUGUUCGGGAACCGUGUCGCCUGUAGCCCGAUUGUCACUGUCGAACCAAGGCGUCGUAAAUUCCACAAGCCAAUCACACUGACGAUUCCCGUACCAAAAGCUUCCCAGAAGGGCAUGAUUAACCUGUACCAGAAUGAGAACCCGACGCUUCGACUGCUUUGUAGCAUUACAGGAAAUCAUACCAUUACACGAGGAGGUGCGAACACUGCCGUGUGGGAGGACAUUACAGAGAAUAAGAACCUGCAGUUCACCAAUGAUUGUGUCUCCUUUACUACUACUGUGUCCGCCAGGUUCUGGCUGAUGGACUGCCAAGCUACCACUGAAUCUGCUUCCAUGGCGACUGAAAUCUACCAUGAGGCCAUCACUGUGCCGUACAUGGCAAGGUUUGUUGUGUUCGCUAAGCGCACGGGGACGGAGGAAGCACAACUGCGGAUGUUCUGCAUGACUGACGAUCGCACGGACAAGACUCUGGAAAAACAGCAACACUUUACGGAGGUUGCUCGUAGCCGAGAUGUUGAGGUUUGUGAAGGCAGACAACAGUUUAUUGAGAUGGCCGGCAACCUCAUUCCCGUCACAAAAUCUGGCGACCAACUUUUCAUCGAUUUUAAAGCUUUUCGCGAGAACCGACUGCCCUGCACCCUACGCAUUCGAGACUCAGAUCAAGAGUCGGCCGCCAGAGUUGCUUUUAUGAAGGAACCGAAAGUUGCCCGCGGGGAAGUACCGCAGACACCCCUGUGCAAUCUAAACAUUACGCUUCCUGGAUGGUCCAAGUCAUCUUCCACCAUGGAGUUGGAAGGGGAUGGAUCACUGGAGGUCCGGAAACGACACUCUCUCCUCCGGGAACACGGCAUAGUCCUGGAAGAUAGCAUAAGCAAGGCCCAGAUUCGGUUGACCGACGUCGCAGACACCGUUCAGGGUGACUGGGUCAUUCUCGGGCAACAGCUCGACAUCACGUCAAGCGAGAUCGAGGAAAUCAAGCGUGACUACAAGACCGUUGAUGAUCAGGCCCUCGCUAUGUUAAAACUUUGGGUUCACAAAAAAGGACCCGAUGCUACAGGAAAUGCACUAGAAAAUGGUUUACGACAAGUGGGGCGGGAAGAUGUUAUCAAGAAAACCAUGUAUAAUGUCGAAGUCGUACAGGAUGAACUGGAGGCUGCUGCAGCAAGAGUAUCCAUGGACCAAUCAGGCUUCGACAAUUUCGCAGAAGAAGUCGGAAUUUCCAGAGAGUCUUCACUUAAAAAGGGAAUGUCUCUCGACGUGGAAUAUGAUGAAAAAGAUUUGAUCAAGGAGUCCGAGUCAGCCAAUGAAGACGAGGGCUCCAUUUCGAGUGAGGGUGAGAGGAAAGUGUAUCGUACCGCCCCACAAGCCCCAACUGAAGGGGACAAUUUAUCAAUUUCUGAGGACAUGAUCGCAGAAGUUGAUGAGCGACGCCAUGUUGCUCAGGAAGAGUCUGAGCCCUCUGAAUUAUCAGACAAAAAACGUGAGGCAUACAUUGAUCUUAUCAUGCAAAUGGAUAAAAUGGAGGAUGAGCGUGAAAAACACUUUGCUGCAAACAAAAAGCCAGAAGAACUAGACGACACGGCUUCUGUCGGUGAGGACACCAUAAUGAUCGAGCAGAAGCAGAGGGGCGACGAUUCUGCUAUUGCUAGGGUGGAGGUUUUAGGGGUGCAGGCCGAGCUUAGAAGGGCCCCUGAGGUUCCGACCGAUGAGGUUGAGGCUAGAUCUGAAACUGAGGCUUUGGAACCCAAAGAUAAUGAAAUUGAACCACAAGUUGAUCACCUUGGUGUAAAAGCCGAGCAAACCUCUCCCUCAACAGAAGACAUCACAGAGCUAGAUGAGGAGGAGGGCACACGAACCCCACCCCCUAGCCCCAUCGAGAAACUUGUCCAAGAAGAGACAGCCGAGCGUAAAGACAGCGCCAUUGAUCAGCUGGCCGCCCGCUUGUCCGAGCCCCGCGAUGACUCAGCACCAAAUGACAGGCCUGACGGAGAAUCUGAAGAAGAAACCUUGAUUGAGGAGAGAAUUGAGGCUGAAAUAAUAAUCAGCAAUGAAGCUCAACAACCUAAAGUUUUGGGAGAUACAAUGGCUGAUGCCACUGGAGAAAGGGGAAGGGAUUUACAGUCACUAGAUAAUGAAAAACCAUCAACAGCUUAUGAACUAAGCUUAACAGACGAUUUUGUAGAGAAGGACAUUGAACAGAUAUCUAACACUAGAAGUAGCAGUAGUAGUGACAGUGAUGAAGGUUAUGAUGUUGACAAACCAUUCAAGGACAGAAAAAGUGGGAAACAUGCAGAUGAUAGAGAAUGGGAAGAGCCUGAACACACUGCAGAUUCUCCUGGAAGAGUGACCCCUGAAAAUGACAUUCAUGUUCCUGUCAAAAUAUCUCGCUCAGACAGUUCAAGUAGUAGUGACAGCAGCAGAAGUAAAUCUGAAGAUGAAAAGUACUUUGAUACCAAAGAAAAACCAGAUCAACCAGACAAAGAGCCUGUACCUGUUGUAAUAAUUGAUGAAAAUGAGGAAAGGGUUCUUUCACCAAUUGGUGAACCAGAAAAAGAUUAUAAACGUGUUGUUAGUCCAGUGGCUGAACCUGAAUUGGACAUUAAACUUCAGGCUGAAAAUGUUCCUCAGUCAGAAGAAGAUACUGAUGUAUCUAAAUCUGACAUGAAUAAAAAUGUGCCUCAAGAUGAGGCAAGUGUUCUGCUUGAAGAUAAAGAUGCAAAACAAAAGAAAGAAAAAAGGAAAGUCACGUUUGCAGCGACAGUUGUUGACAAUGAAAGUAGUUCAAGUGAAAGUGAUACAGAAGAGGUAAACGAUGAAGAAAAUUAUAAUGUUAAAAUAAAAGUUGAACAUGAUGAAGGUUUGGUCCUUGAUGAAGAAUCAAAAUCAUCGUCAUCAUCAGAUUGUUCUUCUGAGUCGGAGAGUGAAAAUGAAGGCACAUACAUUGUAGAUAGAUCAGAACCAUACGGCGAAGAAGAAACACUUGGAGAUUCAGAAAAAGAACCAGGCAAGCAUGCAGAGGAAGAAAUUGUUUCUGAACCUACAACUGAAACUGCUGCUGAUGUUCAAUUUCUAGGAAGUUCACCAUUAAAAGAAACCAUUAUAAAGGGCGAAGUACAAUUGGAGAAAGUGGAAGAUGACAAAAGCAGCUCAAGUAACAGCAGCACAAGUGAAAGUGAUGAAGAGAUUACUUCUUAUAAUGUAACUCCAGGAAGAGAAAGUGAACCCUCUGACUCUGAUAAUGAAAUAAAACAAACUCCUCAAGAUUUGGAAGUUGAUACAAUGAAAGAAAGAGGACCAUCAAGGGAGACAAAUGUUGAUGAAAUAUUUGAUGAACCUGCUGUGGAAACAAAAUCUCCACCAUUGGAAGAAACUGACAUUGAUGACCAACAUUUAGAACUCCCAAGAGAACCAGAAUCCUCAACAGACUUUGACAAUAAUGAGCCUGAUUCAGAACUCACAAAAUUUAAAAUAUCAUCUUCAUCAUCGAGCGAUUCUGAUAAGGAUGAUAUGAAAGGACUAGAAAAAGGUAUAUCUAAGGAAAAUAAAGAGGGUAGAAAAACAUCUGCUAGUUCAUCAGAUGAGUCUGACAAGCUAGCCGAUGACCGAGUGAAAGGUUCACCUGAAUUUUACAUGAAACCAAAAGUAGUCAUGUUCACUGAUGUACCAUUAAAUGUGCAAGAUACUGGUGACAAAGAAAUGAUUAUAAAUCCUGACACUUCUGUUUUUCAACCCAAUGAUGACGAGACCUCUUUUAUAACAAAGCCUGGUAAAGCUGAACUCAGAGAUGAAGGUAAGAAAAGGUCAUCAUCAGCCUCUUCUGAUUCUGAAUCCUCAUCAGAUGACGAAAAGAAAGAUCAUAGAGAUGAACUUGAAACUGAUCUAGAUGCUGAGUUUCAGAAAAGAGACUCUUUUGAACCAAAGACACUUGAAAUGUCUGUUGAUACAGUUAAUGUUCCAGAGAAAGAUGAAGAUGUUUUAGUGUUAGAGGAUCAGACUGCAGAAAUGAGACCUGAUGGAAGUGAAAUGUUAUUUAUAGCUAAACCUACAGAAAAGGCUGAUGAUGAUGAUAAUAAAGAGCCUGAAGUUGAUCCAUCAGUAGGGAAAACUUCUCCUGCUGAAUUGGUGAAGGGUGAAAAAAGGGAAACAGAUAUUGAUGACUAUGAAAACAAAGAAAAGAAAGAAAGAUGUGAUUCAAUUUCUUCCAGGUCAUCUUCAUUGGAUUCAGAGGAUGAAUCUGAGAAAAAACAAGAUAAAAAUGAUAAAAUUGUUCAAAAAAAAACAACAGAUACUAAGGAAUCAGAUGAUGAAGAUGAUCAUAUGAAAAAUACCAGUGAGACUGUUGUUGAUGCUAUUACUCCGGGUUCUCCUAAAUAUGAGCCUGAAAAUGUUCCAACACAGGAAUCACCUGAAGAAGUAGAAGAUGGACAAGGGUUUGAUCAAAAUGAAGAUACUGAACCACUGAAGACUAAAGGCAAGUCCGGUAGUGCCACCUCUGAUAGUGAAGACGAAAAAGAAUCUGUUUCUUCAAGUUCAUCUUCAGACAGAGAGAAAGAUGUUAAGGAGAAGAAAAAUGUUGUUGAAGAACAUGACCUUGAUGCUGAAAUGGAGAAAACUGUUCCACCUGGUGAAUCAGACAUUAUUGUAAGUCCAACUUUUGCUCCAGAGAUUACUGAUAAAACAGAGGAUACUGACAAAAAUGAGGAUCAAAUUGGAGAUGCUUUACUUCCUAAAAUGGAAGAUGUUGAAAAAGAUAAACUGCCAGAGACAUUAACUGAAAUUUCAGAUAAUGAGCCUGUUGAAAUAACAAAGCCCUCUUCUAGAGUCUCAGAAUCUGAUUCUUCAUCCUCAGAGAGUGAAAAUGAUGAAAGAAAAAGAAAAAGUUCAAAGUCUUCUUCAGAUGAUGAGGAUUUUGAGGGUAAGAAAAAACCCGAACAUGUGUCUGAAACUGAUAUUGAUGCUGAAGUUGAUCAAAUGAUAGAUAACUCAAGACCUAUAGAUAAAGAAGAUCAAACACCAGACACUGUCAGUACUAAAUUAAAAUUGCCAUCACCUGCAACUCUGAAAUCAAAAUCAGACGAAUCCAGCUCAUCAGAUGAUGAAGCAAUUGAUAAGACCAAUGAUGAAGAAGAAACCAAUCGUGUUGAACCUUUUAUUGAAAUUGAACAACCAUUGACAGUGAUAAGAAAAGAUAAGAGUACUCUGCCUGACCAGUUUGAAGUUGCAAAGGAAGAACAAAAAAACCCAACACCUCAGGAUGAUGAGAAAAUCAAAAUAGAACAUGAAGAGGCUGAAACUAAAUCAAAUAAUUCAUCAGAAAGUGAAGAUGAAGAUAAGGAUAAAAGAAAGCUUUCACUAUCCUCAUCCUCUAAUGAAAAUGAGCCAUUAGCAGCACCUGAACCAGUUGUUGAUCCUAAUGAUGUACCAAAAGAUACACAGGUGAAAUCAGAUUCUUCAUCUGAAAGUGAAGAUGAAGAUAAGAGUAAACAAAAGAUUUCAAAAUCUCCCUCUACGUCAUCAUCUGAUGAAAAUGAAAAUGAAAAUAUGGCAGAAGCAAAACAAGUUGUGCAAACAGACCCUAUAUCUGUAUUCUCUGAGGAAAAUCAACCGUCAGUAGAACCAAAACCACUUGUUGAACCAGAUUCUAAUGCUGAAACAAAAGGUAGAAAGAAUUCAGACUCACCCUCUUCCUCAUCAUCUGAAAAUGAACCAUUGGUAGAAACACAACCUGUCAUUGAAACAGACCUUGAUGCUGAUUUCAAUAAAGACCAACAACCAGUAGAUCAAUACCCAAAUGAGCCAUUCACUAGCAAACCUGCACCGCUAUUGGAGACAAAUGUAGAUGACAUUGCACCAAUCUAUGUUACAGAACAAUACCAUUCAGCCAUGCCUGUUGAGAGGCCACCGGAAGAAGAUGUAGAAGACAGACCACCAAAAGAUGAAGUGUACUGUGAAACAACUCUUACAGUUGUAAGACGUGUAAAAGUUAAACAGAAAUAUGGCAGUGACAAGACAGAAAAACAGCCAACUCCGAUUGAACAAAGCUUGGGCAAGAAGGUUGAGCCACCAAGAAUAACUGAUGUCACAGACCUAGACCCACAUGGGGACAUCACAGACCUAGACCCGCAUGGGGACAAAAGAGAGAGAUCAGAUAGCAACAAAUUUGAUGAGGGUCAUGACAAAAAGAGACGGGAGACAGACAGAUACAGAGAAAAAGAAGCUAUCCCACCAGCCCAGGAAUUCAUCUUUGUUGAUCCCAUAUUGGUUUUAGACCAGCCUGAAACUGUUCGAGAGCACUAUGAGAGGCGCAUGCCAUUCGCACCAGCAAAACAAAGGUCCGACUCCUCUUCUUCAUCUUCCCAGUCAGAUUCGGACGCUGAGAAGGUGGAGGGUCCGGGAGGCAAGGACAAAGUGUUUGACGCAGCUUUGAACGAAGGCGAGACCUAUAUGGAGGAAAAAAGAGAAGAUGGCACCAUCGUUAGGAUCCAUAAAAUUAGGCACCUUCCUCGAGGUCAUGUCAGUUUUGAACAGACAGAGAAUGUGGAACUUUUUGAAGAAGAGGGACCAGAGAGAAUUGAAACAGUUGUCGAAGAUGAAGAAGAAACUCUUGAUGAUGGAACUGUCCAUAAAACGCACAAAGUCAGAAGGCAUUCUUUAAAGCAUAUCAAGAAGGCCCUGAAAUCUAGCACUGGUGAAGAAGAUGUGGUCGAAGAUGAAGAUGUGGAAGUUCCUGGCAGCAGUAAAGAUACAAUUGUAGACACUUAUGAAGAACCACCUAAGAAAGUUACUGAAGUUGAAGAAGAAGAAGAGGUUUUGGAUGAUGGAACUAUUGUUAAAAGGAAGGUUAUCACCAGCAGUAUGGUACACCAUAUAAGAGUGAGAACAAAAUCGUUUGAUUCAGGUACUGGUGAAGAGAGGGAGCAGGAGGAAGAAAUGGAUGAAGUUAUUCCAGGCACACAAAUGUGCUUUGUACAUAGGUCAGAUUCUUCAUCAUCAAGUUCUAGUUUUAUUGAUGAUAUUGAUGAAAUGCAGGCCACCAUAGAAGAGGAAGAUGAAACGCUGGAGGAUGGUACUUUCAUUCGAACCACUUUCCUACAAGCUACUGAGAAAAGGAAACAAAGGUCGAGGUCAGGAUCGAUUGAUGAAAGUGAGCAAAGUAUACAGAUACGUGAAAAGCGUAUAACACCUGCCCACACGCCAUCACAUAGCCCUCCAGGCUCGCCAAGGUCAAGGUCGCCAAUAAAUAUUGAAGACCUUGCUGCUCGCAUUGCAGAGAAAACUGUCAGAUCAGCUCGCUUUGAAUCGACCACUCAUAAAACUGAAUCAGACAUUGAGCAGACAACAGAAUUGGAAACUGAUGAAUUUGUUCCUCCUCCUAAGGCUAUUGCGCCCCAGGAACAUGAACCUGAAUAUGAAACUGAAGAGCUGGAUGAUGGAACAGCAGAGUGGAAAGAAUUGGACAGUGGCUUUGCCAGCCGUCCUGUCACCAAGGUGACCUACUCGCCGUACGGUUCUCUCGAUAGAGCCAAUGGGGUGAACGGUCAAAGCAGAGAGAAGAGCCCCGGUGUUUCUAGUUAUUCUACAUACUACUCUAGUUUCUCUGAAGGUGAAGAUAACACUUCCUUCACUUCAAGUGAGCAGGCUGGCAUAAGCCACUUAGCUGACCAAUCAGAUGGCAGUAAUUUGCCAUCUCUGACUACUGACCUUCAAGAGGCAGAGUCAGCAGCCAAUCAGGAGCGAGAGAUUCCUCCCCCUCAGCCAAUGGAGCUUGAAGUUCUUGCUGCAGAAGAAAGGAAGAGGAAAAUGGUUUCAAGCUAUGAAAAUGUGUAUACUGGAGUACCCCUUGAGCCAACAGUGAACAGAAUGUCAAUGGAUGUGAGCGAAAUGGACAUAGGGGAUAAGUUUGAUACAAAACAGUCCGAUAAUAAGCUAGCCGCAGGCUUAUCCUCAAGCUAUGAGAAGCUUUACGAGAAAGCUGCAGGUGAUGAUGAGGAUGCUGAAGAUGAGGAGGUUGAGGGAGCAGAGGGAGGAGACACCCAGUCUACCAGAAUUACCAUGAAGAAAGAAAUUCACACUAAGACGGUGCUGAAAGACGGUGAAGAGCAAACAUUCGUGCACGAGGACAAGCACGUGGAACAGGAUCCAAAUGCUCCGGAGGAACUUCGAGAUAGUAUGCAGCAGAUCAUUGAUGAAUUCAUGGGCAGUCCAACAGGAUCCCAGAAACCACUCGAACAUGACUUAUAGACACACUCAUUCUGAUUGGUUAAUUGAGACAUUCAUUCUGAUUGGUUAAUUGAGACAUUCAUUCUGAUUGGCUAAGAGAGAUUUUUAUUCUGAUUUGGUGAUUUUUCACUGACUCAUUGCUCUGAAGUGUGGCAUAUAUAUGUAUUAGGUCAACUAUUGACCAGUUGUUAAGUGUUUGUUUCAUGCAUGGAUUCAUUAAUAUAAAAUAUCAGUUUAAAGGUGUAAUAAGUUUUUUGAGUAUUUAUAUACUUUGUAGCCUAAUAUUUAGAUUAAUUGAUGCUUAUUAAAAAUAGCUAAAAUAAACUAGUUAAAAUUAUUAAUAUAAUUAUUAAUUAUCAUUAAAUAUUAAGAACGUCUCUGUAUACAGAAUUGGUUGUGCAAUAUAUAAAACCAGCCUUUACAAAACAUUCUAUUUCAAUUCCUUAUACGCUUUAGCUUUUUAAUUACGACUCGUACAUCUACUAAUAAGGCAUUCUCACCUGAUACUAUGGAAUUGAUGGAAAAGAUACCAUGUAAUGACUUGAAGUUAUGUAUGAAAACACGUGUGAAAUUUGGAAUCUGUUGUAUUUUGUUUUUAUUGUGAGAUCUGCAUUUUGCAUAAUAUGUUGUUUCAUAAACUGGUUAAAGAAAACAUUUGGUUUAAGAAGAUAACCAUCCUAGGAAACCUGGAGCCUCUUUCUGCUAAAAUUGUUAACCAAUAUAAUUAUGAUUAAUAUUUUGUACAAAGACUGUUUUUGUUUUUCUUUGGCUAUUUUUCUCUUUCGUGUAACCAUGAAUGUGUGUGUGUUUGUAUAAUGAUCCCAUGUUUUUUGGUCUUUUUCAUUGCUGUUUAUCUUUAUUGUUACAACCAUUUACUAUUUUACAGAAUUUGUAAUUCAAAGCAACGAUCAUUUUGGUUCGCUUUGCAGUGUUAAGUAUAUUAAAUCAUGAUGAAUUUCUAUCAACAAAUUGCUUAAGACUUAACUAUGAAAAUACACUAUUCAGCAGUUGAAUUCUGAUUAUAAUUCAAAAUUACAAUGCUUUUAUUUUCUAAUUGAAAAACUGAUUGACACACCUUAAAGUUUAUUAUACUGUAUUGUAGAGUCAUUAAACUCAUUAUCAUUUUAAUACUUAGCAGGAUGUUUUUUCCUAGCGUAAGUUUAGACUAUAGCUUUUCUUUUAAAUUUCUUUGCAUUUUUUGUAUACAAACUAUUUAACCAACCAUGUUUAAAUUCUUGUAUUUGUUUUGAUACAAUUAGUGGAAUAGUGAAAAGGGAGGUAAUAAAUUUUUGUUGUGUAUUAAUGAACAAGUUUUGUUUCACUUUCCUUGGGUAUAAUUAUUAAAAAGUAUUCCUACUAAAGUAAAGGGAGGUAAUUGAUUUUUUUGUCUAAUGACGAACAAGCAGAGUUAUGUCUCUUUGUCCUUGCAUAUAUCUUGAGCUUUCUCAUUUAAUCUAGAUCAUGAAUGUUGUAACUAAAGUCAAAAUAAAUGCUUCCAGUAUAAUCAA